UUUGCUUUUCGAUUAAUCCCCCAGAGCCGUCUCUGGAAUACAGUGUCAGACCCGCGGGGACAAGAAAGGAGAAAAAAAGAGAGAAGACGCUGUUUUCUCUGAAGAGAGGCAGGCCUGAGGCUCGGCAGUGGUGCUGCCGAGUGACCUGGCUGCUGGGGCGGGCCCUGGACGGCGGAUCCCUCGUUCCCAUACUUGUCUCCCCUUUUCCCUAGUCCGGGGGCCCGAUGGCGGCAGCCGAAUUGAUGGGCCCGGCGCAGGUUCCUAUGAUCUCAGAAGUAAUUAUGGACUCUAUACAGGGGCAGGUGAACUUUGAGGACGUGUUUGUGUACUUCUCCCAGGACGAGUGGGGGCUCCUUGAUGCGGCUCAGAGGCUCCUGUACCGUGAUGUGAUGCUGGAGAACUUUGCACUUAUGGCCUCGCUGGGACAGGCAUCUUCCAUGUCUCAUGUAAUUGCCUCACUGGAGCAGGGCAGUGAGCCCUGGGUACCUGACUGGGUGGACGUGACUCCAGCCAUUGCCAGAGAGACUCUAGGUGGGAAUGGCCCUGGUUGUCAUGGAAUGGAGUAUGAGGAGAUACCUUUUGAGCAGAGCAUUUCUAAAGAAGGAUUGUCACAGAUGAGGACUCCCAAGGAAGGCUCUUCUGCCAAGAAGGUUCACACCUGUGAGACAUGUGGCCAGGUCUUGAAGGACAUUUUGCACUUGGCUGAGCAUGAGGAAACAUACUCUGGGCAGAAACCGUAUAUGUGUGUGGCAUGUGGGAAGCAGUUCUGGUUCAGUACAAACCUUCACCAGCACCAGAAGCAGCACAGUGGAGAGAGACUUUUCAGAAAAGGUGAUAGCAGGGCCUUUCCUGUUAACAGCUGCCCUGUCCAACCGUCAGAGAUGCCUUUUAUGACAGGGGAGGGCUGUAAGGACUUCUCAACCAGCUCAAGCAUUUUCCAGCACCAUGCCCCUCACAGUGAGUGGAAGCCACAUGGUAAUACCAAGGGUGAGGAGGCCUUUCACAGUGGACAAAGACAUUACAAGUGCAGUGAAUGUGGGAAAGCCUUUAGCCGCAAAGACUCACUUGUUCAGCACCAGAGAGUCCACACUGGAGAAAGGCCUUAUGAGUGUGGUGAAUGUGGGAAAACCUUUAGCCGCAAACCUAUACUUGCUCAGCAUCAGAGAAUCCACACUGGAGAAAUGCCUUAUGAGUGUGGCAUAUGUGGGAAAGUUUUUAAUCAUAGCUCUAACCUUAUCGUACACCAGAGAGUACACACUGGAGCAAGGCCUUACAAGUGCAGUGAAUGUGGGAAAGCCUACAGCCACAAAUCCACACUUGUUCAGCACGAGAGUAUUCAUACUGGAGAAAGGCCUUAUGAGUGCAGUGAAUGUGGGAAAUACUUUGGUCACAAAUACAGACUCAUUAAACACUGGAGUGUUCACACUGGAGCAAGGCCUUAUGAGUGCAUUGCAUGUGGGAAGUUCUUUAGCCAGAGCUCUGACCUCAUUGCACACCAAAGGGUUCAUAAUGGUGAAAAGCCUUAUGUAUGCAGUGAAUGUGGAAAAGCCUUUAGCCACAAACAUGUACUUGUUCAACACCAUAGAAUUCACACAGGAGAAAGGCCAUAUAAGUGCAGUGAAUGUGGGAAGGCCUUCAGGCAAAGGGCUUCCCUCAUCCGCCAUUGGAAAAUUCACAGUGGAGAAAGGUCUUAGUAUAGGGAAUAUGCCAUCUCCUUGUUGAACAUGACUCACGCCACAGAGAAGCUUCAAGAGUAGCUGUGUGCAGCCAUCAGCCAGAAAUUGAACUUCAUACAUUCGAACAUGUACUCUGAGGAGCUUCUUCUGAAUGUCAGCUAUGUGGGAAGCAUUCUGGGGCUAUGGUGCAUUUUCUAAACUGCCCAGGACCCUUGCUGGAGUUACAUCACUGCCAAUGCCUCUGACAGAAGCCAUCUAUCUUUGCACUGUUUGAGUCCUGCAUGGUGUAUAAGUCACCUUGGCAUGCUUCACAAGGCAGACCUUGGUACUUGUCCUUCCCUUAGAGGGACUGUCAGUAGUCUGAGCCCAUUGAGGAUUCUCCUUCCUUCCCCCCUAGCUGGUUUAAGCAUGAAUGUGAGGAGUGCAACCCAGUUUUGUCCCAGGAGGAUGGGAUUUGUGUUCUGCUGGCCACAUGUAGAGAAAGUUUCCCUUCUUCAUGGACUUUCUUGGUCUCAUAUGGCACUUGUGCCUCUAAGAUAUCUAACCUGCAAUUACCUGCAUUGUAUUGUUAUGGUUUUGCAACAGAUGCCUUAAUUUUUAGACUACCUUUAAUCUCGGGGAUUCUGUUUACUUUAUGGGUUGGAGUGAAAAUAGACUUGAGCUAGGCCAGUAUGAAGGGUUGACCAGCUUUUGUGAGAUCUGCAAUGAUUUGUGUCUCAGAGAUGAUAGCAGGGUGGCAAAUAAUAGCUCUUGUUCCAGUGUGAGCAUAACUUGCAUUGCUGCUUAGACUCUCUUAGGGAAGAAUACCAGUCUUCAUGGGUCUAAUCUUGUGGUCAAUAUGCCAAGAUUAUUUGUGUGACUGGGGUCACCCUAAACAUUGGGUGUGUGUUGUGACAAUUUCUAGAGUAUCUGGGAGCAACAUGAAUUCAAUCCCUUAUUCCCAGAGGAUUUUUCAUAUUCCCCAGGCCUCUUGAGUAGACCUUGAUCCCCUGGGACUGGCCCAGAUUCCUGAAGUUUAUUAUUCAAUAGGCAGAUGCUACUGAGUGUCCUCUAAAAGGCCCAGGUAGGAAUCAUAAUUGGUACAGAGACACUGAUUAAUGGGGAGUUGGGAAACCACAGCAAACUAUGGGGAACUGACCCUUCUAAAGGUAUAUCUGCACAUAUUUCCAUUACUAUGAGUUAUAAGGCUUUACAUAAAUUCUCAGGACUCCUAUACCUGUGUCUCCUAUAGCUAAGGUCACUGUCAGAACAGUUAAUAUUUUCUGCAAUAAACUGUACAUAUUUGUAGUGUACAGUUUGAUAAGUUUUGAUACACAUUUGCACCUGUAAUACCAAAAUUUUCCUGAUUCCCUUUAUAAUCUCUCCCUCUCACCCAUCCCUAGACAACUACUGAUCUGCUGUCACUGUAGUUUGUUUGCAUUUCCUAGAAUUUUAUAUGUAGAGAGUAAUUUAAUAUGUACUCUAAUGUAUUUGAUUUCUUCAACUGUAUAUAAUUAUUUAGUGAUUCAUCUUGU